CCUACAAGUCAUCAACUACUCUCAAAUUAAACAACUUCAAGAAUUCUCCAAAUUGCACUUUGUUCCUCUAUAUUCACUAGGAAAUAAUGGAUGGUUCAUAUGUGAAUAAUAAGGGAUCAAGUUACUGUAAUGCACAAGAAGAGAGUGGAUGGACAACUUAUUUGGAGGACUUUUCAAUGGAAAAUAAUAACAGGGAAAAUAAUAGUUCAUGUUUUGGUAGCCCUUCUUUGUUAUCUGAUGCUGCUUCUCAUGCUGUUGCUUGGAAAAAUUGUAACACCAAUAAUCAAGUCUUGAAUUCAUAUAAUUCUCCUAUGGGUGGCUCACCGUUUCUUAAGAGAUUGAAUUUGAAGAAACCAAAGAACAAGAAAAUCUCUGAUCCUGAUUUAGAAGACACUGCUAGCUCUCCUGUCAACAGUCCUAAGGUAAGUAGUUUUAAGCAGAUGGACAUCAAUUACCAAAGAGCAGACAACAGUAGUGGAAAUUUCCUGGGAAAUAUUGAAGGUGGUUCUAUGCAACAUCAAGAAAUGCAGACAGUAGAAAGAAAUAAUGUGUGUUUUGAUGGAAAAAACAAUAGCUAUAUGGACCUGAAGAAGAAGGGACUCUGUCUUGUGCCUUUGUCCAUGUUAGUCAAAUAUCGAGGCUGAUUAUCUCCUUAAUUCAGCUCCCUCCAUGUAAAAAAUAUCAUUUUCUGUUAUUUCUAGGGAAAGGAAUGUAUUAUUAUAUGAAAACUGGCAAAAAGAUUAAUAAAAACAAAAUUGUGAAAGUG